GAUUCUAUAUAUUCAUCAUCGGGCCAUAUAGACAUUAUGUAGGUGGAAGUGUGUGAAUUUUGUGCUUUGCUCUUCACAUUGAACUAAUACUUACAAUUUUGCAAAAUUAAUACUUACAACUCAGUUCUAGCCACUUCAAUGUCUUCUUUUGCUGCUCUCAGUUCUAGCCACUUCAGUGGAGGUCAACUUUGGAAAUAUCAGGAUGAACUGAAGGUUUCCAAGGUUGGGAAGCUCAGAAUUAGAGCUACUUCGAUGGCGUCAUCAUCACCACCACAAAGCUUGCAAUUUGGGGAUGGAAAAGCUAACAAAUUGGAUAAAUUGCGUAUUGGUGUGCUAGGUGCUAGUGGCUACACUGGUUCUGAGAUUAUUAGACUCCUGCGAAAUCAUCCACAUUUUCAGAUUACUUUGAUGACGGCUGACAGGAAAGCUGGCCAAACAAUCGAAUCUGUUUUUCCUCACCUGGUCACACAAGAUCUACCAAAUCUAGUCGCUGUUAAGGAUGCAGAUUUCUCUGCUGUGGAUGCCGUUUUUUGUUGUUUACCACAUGGUACAACUCAGGAAAUUAUCAAAAGUCUCCCAACAAAUCUAAAAAUUGUUGAUCUUUCUGCGGACUUCAGACUGCAAGAUAUUGCUGAGUAUGAGGAAUGGUAUGGCCUGCCUCACAAAGCAACGGCUUUACAGAAAGAAGCAGUCUAUGGCUUGACUGAGAUUUCAAGGAAAGAAAUUCAAAGUGCACGUCUAGUUGCAAAUCCUGGCUGUUAUCCAACAUCUGUUCAACUUCCUCUUAUUCCCUUGAUAAAGUUCAGCCUCAUUGAAGUAAGAAACAUAAUUAUUGACGCCAAAUCUGGUGUUAGUGGAGCAGGUCGUGGUGCAAAGGAAGCAAAUUUAUACACUGAAAUAGCCGAAGGAAUACAUUCUUAUGGUAUAACCAGACAUCGGCAUGUGCCAGAGAUUGAACAAGGAUUAUCAGAAGCUGCAAAUUCAAAAGUUACUGUUAGCUUCACUCCACAUCUUAUGCCAAUGAGCCGUGGUAUGCAAUCGACUAUUUAUGUGGAAAUGGCUCCAGGAGUGACAACUCAGGAUUUGAAAGAUCACCUUGGUAACUACUAUGAGCAUGAAGAAUUUGUGGUGUUGCUGAAUAACAAAGAAGUUCCCCAUACUCGACACGUUAGAGGAUCAAAUUACUGCCUCAUGAAUGUAUUUCCAGACCGGAUUCCUGGGAGAGCAAUAAUAAUCUCUGUUAUCGAUAAUCUUGUUAAGGGAGCUUCUGGUCAAGCCUUACAGAAUCUGAACUUAAUGAUGGGAAUUCCAGAGAACUUGGGACUCAGUUGCCUGCCUUUGUUUCCGUAGAAUAUUUUUCUGGUUUGAUGCUCCUGAUGGUUUAAGGUAUUUGUGAAGUCUAAUUAUUUUCCACUAGGAGAGACUGCCUCAAGAUUUGCUCAGGAAGAGUUUUGUUUGCUGUAGAAGUUCCGGCUUAGCUUUCAGAUGUAUCCUAUAUUUAAUUGCUAGUUGUACGCCCAGAAGGAAAUUAUGUGCCAUAGAUAAAGUUGAAUGGGGUGGAUGUGGGUGCCGUACUGUAUCCUCUUUUUCUGUCCUUUUGUUUACUCUUUGUUCAUGCAAAGUUAACCCCAUGGGGCUGAUAUUAAAUUUGAAUAAAACCAAUUGAGCUAA